GGCAGACAGUUAGCGACAUGGGUAUUAAAGUAUUAAACAGACAUGAUUAAAAUAUUGGGUUUAAAAGGGUAGAUCUGAAGGAUAAUACGAAAUAACACCAUGACAUUUUCAAAGGAUAUGCCAGCAAGUCUAGAGGACGGCGUCGAUUCACAUCGACAGAUUGGAAUUAUUGGUACCGGAAAUUAUGCCCGAGCUCUGGCUAAACGAUUUGUUCUGUCCGGAUUUAACGUUAUGAUUGGAAGCAGACGGCCACUCCAACGACAAUUAUCAGCAAUUGACGAAUGUUUAUGUGACAUUGAAUUGACCUCAGUAGCUGAUUGUAUCAAGAAAACUAAUUUGCUAAUUCUAGCAAUUCACGCUGAAAAUUAUAAAGACACAUUAUCUCCGCACAUCGGUGAGCUUUCUGGAAAAAUCGUCAUCGAUGUUUCCAAUAGGGAGGUUCCAGCAAGACGUCAAUCUAACGCCGAAUACCUGUCAACAUUAGUACCAGACGCCCACAUAGUUAAAGCAUUCAAUGUGAUAUCAGCUUACAUCAUGGAAACAGACUUUGCAGGUGGCAGUAGAAGAGUAUUUAUCGCAGGGGAUAACGAGGAGGCUCGAGGAACAGUUUGUCGCAUAGCACGAGACAUGGGCUUCAACCCAUCAGAUCUCGGGGUUCUGACAUCGUCAAGAAAAAUUGAAAACUUUGUUUUGAACCUUUUCCCUGGUUGGAAAGUCCCCCUGUUUUUAACUUUUGGAAUUUUUAACUUGUGGUGCUUAUAUAUCGUUUACAUAUAUUUUGUAGCCAAGACAGCUUACAGAUGGGAUCAAAUCUUUGUUAAAGUCUUGAACAAACCGCUUUGUAUGACUGGAAUUACUAUCUUAGCCACUACUUUUCUACCGGGGAAUAUCGCUGGCAUUCUGCAACUUUAUAAUGGAACCAAACAUAAACGAUUCCCUAAAUGGAUAGACAAUUGGUUGAAAGUAAGGAAACAAUUGGGGAUCAUCAGUUUUGUGUUGAUUUUUUCGCAUGUGAUAUUUUCAAUCCUCGUCAUGAGUCCUACUUAUUAUCGAUCUUGGUUCCAAUCAACAAUAAUACAAAUUCCCAGUAACCACACCUCAGAUCUCCAAUUUCCAAUGACAUCGUGGAUGAUCUGGAAGGGCGAAGCAGCGUGCUUAGUUGGCUUCUUGGCGUUUCUUAUCCUGUGUUUCUUGGCACUAACAUCUAUACCCGGCGUUGGUGAAACAUUGAACUGGCGCGAAUGGCAGUUCGUCCAAUCUAAACUAGGUUAUUCGGCCCUGGUACUUUCUGUGGCGCAUGCAAUGAUUAUGGGAAUACCAGGUUGGAUCAAAAAAGGACCAAUAAAAACGCUUGGGUCAAUAACAUUCCUAUCCAUUCAGUUACCAUUGCUGGUUAUAAUAUUGAGACUUGUGUUAUGUUUGCCGUGUAUAUCAAAGCAUCUUAAACGGAUUCGUCGUGGUUGGGAAAGGGAGACAACGAAAUUUCUUACGGAUGAUCAUUUGGGAAUCAAAGAAAAGUAUACAGCACUAAAUCCAGGUUGUGGCUGUUCGGGGAACUCGAUCCAUGCUUGUGAGACUGCUAUAAGACCAUUACCUAACUCUCAAACAUUGUUACCGACUUCAAACCAUUGUGAUUGCUCUGUUGUGUGA